AUGUCCCGCCCCGUAGACCUCUCCAUGUCCUCCGUCAAGAACCACUCCCCCCUCAACCCGGGCGGCUCAGGCGGCUUCACCCCCGUCUUCGAGGCCUCCCCCGCCGUCUCCCCGGCCAGCUCACGUCGCCCCUCCAUCUCGCAGCCCGUCGCAAGGAGGCCCUCCGAGUCUGCCUCUGCCUCCCGACGCCCCUCCAUGAACCAGUACUACAGCAGCUCCCAGCAGAUCCCCCAGCAGAUCUCCCAGCCCCAGCAGGCCCUCUCCCGUCGGUCGUCCAUGGCCUCCGGGCCGCGACCGAUCCGAAGGGGCGAAUACUCGGGCCCUGCUACCCCCUCCGUCCUUUCUCGAGCGGGAUCGCCUACCUUGCCUUUGGGCAACGAGUUCACCCAGGCGCCCAGGUCGUACUUUGAAGGUGCGGCCGGAUACACCCCAUUGGGGGGCGUGCGGGAGUUGCGCAAUGGCCAGUUCAUCGGCUCUCUUGAUUGCGGUACCACCUCGACCCGAUUCAUCAUCUUUGACAAGCGCGCAAAGAUUGUUGCCGAGCACCAGACCGAAUUCGAGCAGAUCCUGCCCCAUGCAGGCUGGCACGAGCAUGACCCCGAGGCCCUCGUCGAGGCCAUGAAUGAGUGUAUCAUUCGCGCCGUCGAAAAACUCGAAUGGAUGGGCUGGUCGAGGAACAGUUUGAAGGGUAUCGGUAUCACCAACCAACGUGAGACUACCGUCUGCUGGUCUCGCUCUACCGGCAAGCCCCUCGCCAAUGCCAUCGUUUGGGACGAUGCUCGUACCGUCAGUGUCGUCAAAGAGAUGGAGAAAAAGCUCGACGAAAUUGGUAUCCGUAUUGAGAGUGCCGAAGAGGACGCCAGAACCGCAGACACUGCGCUCACAGAGGAAGUUGUUCUCGGUACUGGCGGCGAGGAUGCCGCGUUUGGUGACAAGGGCGAGGUUGUCGACCAGGCCGCAGGAGUCACCGGUAGCAUCGGCAAGGCCAUGGAGGGGCUCGGUAUCGGCGGUGGCAAGGAUGAAAAGGAGCCUGUGGUCAAGGGCACAAAAUUCAGGAAGGGUAAAGAGGGUCUCGUUGACGUCACUGGUAUCCCCAUGUCUACCUACUUUUCUGCCAUCAAGCUUCGAUGGAUGAUUGACCACCAGAAAGCCGUUCGUACCGCUCACGAGACCGACGACUUGAUGUUUGGUACCGUCGACACUUGGCUCGUCUACAACCUCACUGGCGGUAAACAAGGCGGUCUCCACAUCAUGGAUGUGACCAAUGCCUCCCGAACCCUCCUUAUUUCUCUCAAGACCCUCCAGUGGCACCACCCCCUUCUCGAAUUCUUUGGCCUUCGAGCCUCCAUCCUUCCCAAGAUUGUCUCGUCUUCUGAACACUAUGGCAACAUUCACGAGUCGACCAACCUCCCUAUCCCCGGUGUCCCCAUUGCCGGUAUUAUUGGUGACCAGCAGGCUGCCUUGGUCGGAAACAAGUGUUUACGGAAGGGUGAGGCCAAGUGCACUUAUGGCACUGGUGCUUUCGUCUUGUUCAACACUGGCGAAGAAAUUGUCAGGAGCAACUAUGGGUUGAUCUCGACCGUGGCUUUCCAGCCUGGUCCUGAUGCCAAGCCUGUGUAUGCGCUUGAAGGUUCCAUCGCUGUUGCCGGCUCUGCUAUCAAGUGGCUCCGAGACCAAAUGGACCUCAUCGAGGACUCUUCCGAGAUGGACAUUCUUGCCGGGUCCGUCCACGACACUGGGGGUGUCUACUUUGUGACCGCCUUCUCUGGCCUCCUCGCCCCUUAUUGGGACCGUGAAGCUUCUGGUACCAUCAUCGGUAUCACUGCCUACACCACUUCGGCCCACAUCGCCCGUGCUACCCUUGAAUCCGUCUGCUUCCAGACCCGUGCCGUCCUCGACGUCAUUGAAAAGGAAUCCGAGUCGAAACUUUCUACCCUCAAGGUGGACGGUGGUGUGACAAAUUCAGACUUGGCGAUGCAAUUGCAGGCCAACUUGGGUGGCUUCAACGUCGCCCGUCCUUCGAUGCGAGAGUCGACUGCUUUGGGAUCGGCACUGUUGGCUGCUAGCGCGCUCGGCCUCUUUGGUUGGGACUUGAGCAAGCCCGAGACCCUCAGCGAGGUCAACACUGCUGGUGUCCACACUUUCGAGCCCGAGCUUCCGGAGAAGAGCAGAUUGAAGAGGGUCAAGGGCUGGAACAGAGCCGUCAGCAGGGCCAGCAAGUGGCAUGAAGAGGACAGUGAUGAUGAGGAUGAAGAAGAGUACGAAAAGUCGAUGGGGUUUGAACGGAUCAACAACUAG